CCCUGGGGACGCGAGGCGGGGCGAUCCCCGCGGCGAGACACGUGCGUCCGUGGCGCCCCGGACCGUCAGGCGUCCCCGCGCUGGCCGAGGGCGGGGCAGCCGCGCGGCGCUCCCCUCCUCUCUUCUCCUCCUCCCUCGCGGCCUCUGAUCGGCGGCCGUACUCGGCCCUGGGCUCGCUGCGAGCUGCUGGCCGAACCAUGGGCUGCGACGGCCGGGUGUCUGAGCUGCUCCGCCGCAACCUACAGCCCACGCUCACCUAUUGGAGCGUCUUCUUCAGCUUCGGCCUGUGCAUUGCUUUCCUGGGGCCCACGCUGCUGGACCUUCGCUGCCAGACGCACAGCUCGCUGCCCCAGAUCUCCUGGGUCUUCUUCUCACAGCAGCUCUGCCUCCUGCUAGGCAGCGCCCUCGGGGGUGUCUUCAAGAGGACCCUGGCCCAGUCGUUAUGGGCCCUCUUCACCUCUACUUUGGCCAUCUCCCUGGUAUUUGCUGUCAUCCCUUUUUGCCAUGAUGUGAAGGUAUUGGCCUCGGUCAUAGCGCUGGCGGGCCUAGCCAUGGGCUGCAUCGACACCGUGGCCAACAUGCAGCUGGUGAGGAUAUAUCAGAAGGACUCAGCCUUCUUUCUUCAGGUCCUCCAUUUCUUCGUGGGCUUUGGUGCUCUGCUGAGCCCCCUGAUUGCUGAUCCCUUCCUGUCAGAGGCCAACUGCUUUCCUGCUAAUAGCACAGCCAAUGCCACCUCCAGAAACUAUGCAUCCCGGGUCCUGAGCCAACAUCAUGCAGCAGCCCAACCUUGGUCAAACCAGACGAUCUCCAGGCCACCCCCAAAAGAUUCGACAGAGAACCACGUAUCCUAUGCCUUCUGGAUCAUGGCUCUCAUCAAUCUCCCAGUGCCCCUGGCUGUUCUGUUCCUGCUGUCCAAGGAGCGGCUGCUGACCUGCCCACAGCGGAAGCCACUGCUACUAUCUGCAGACGAGCUUGCCCUGGAGACCCGGCCUGCUGAGAAGGAAGACACCUCCUCACUGGCCCCCAAGUUUCAGCCACACCCAGGGCAGGAGGACCUGUUCUGUUGCCAGGGGAAGAACUUCCGGGGAGCCCCAUGCUCUUUCUUCGCCAUCCACAUCACAGCUGCUCUGGUCCUGUUCAUGACAGAUGGGAUGAUGGGUGCUUAUUCUGCCUUUGUGUACAGUUAUGCCGUGGAGAAGCCACUGUCUAUUGGGCACAAGAUGGCUGGUUACCUCCCCAGCCUCUUCUGGGGUUUCAUCACCCUGGGCCGGUUCAUUUCUAUCCCCGUCUCCUCAAGAAUGAGGCCAGCCACCAUGGUGUUCAUUAAUGUGGUGGGAGUGGUGGUGACAUUCCUCCUGCUGCUUAUUUUCUCCUACAAUGUCAUCUUCCUGUUUGUGGGGACUGCAAGCCUGGGGCUGUUUCUGAGUAGCACCUUCCCCAGUAUGCUGGCCUAUACCGAGGACAUACUCCAGUACAAAGGUUGUGCAACCACAGUGCUGGUGACUGGGGCAGGAAUUGGCGAGAUGGUCCUGCAGAUGCUGGUUGGUUUGAUCUUCCAGGCCCAGGGCAGUUAUAGUUUCCUGGUCUGUGGUGUGAUCUUUGGCUGCCUGGCUUUUAUCUUCUACAUCUUGCUCCUGUUUUUCCACAGGAUACACCCUGAACUCUCAUCAGUUCUUACCCAAGACAAACCCCUUGGUGUGGAGAACUCUGAGUGCUACCAGAGGUGAAGACCUCAGCUUCCUGAACAACAGUGAGACCAAACUGACACAGGAAGCCAGGGUCGCAGAGGAGGCUUCCCUUGCUACCUUGUUUGUAUCUCCCCCUUUCAUACUUAGCCAAGAACUUGAGUCUUGGUCCCCGAGACUUCCCUGGACAAAUCAAGCACCUGCCUGGCACUUUAGUUAUCUUCAUCUCUGGCUCAGACUUUAGUCUAGGACAACCACUGGAGAGGAGGAAAGACUGUGGUCACACCUCUCCACUCAUCACCCCAUGCAUGAGCUAAACUCUGGGUUUGAGAUGACUUUUAGUUGAGGUUUGAAAAAGGGCUGAAAUCAUAAAUCAUUAAUCACUGCUAGAUGUAGAUAUAUUUUAAAUUAAUCAAAACUCUCUGGCAUGUUUGAAAAGGAUUAUGGAUUCUUCACUUACCCAUGGUCCACAGUCCCUUACAUUCCUCCUGCAGAAAUCAGUAGUUCAUCUGUCCUCAGACAGCAAAGAACAUGUUGAAGUUUGCUUUGAGACCCUAGUUCACUGGGCUAACUCAGACCAGCUUUAGAAAAGUUGACUGUUAAAUUUUUAUUUUGAGAGCUAGUCACGUGGCCAUACCUAAAACUUAAAUUAAUUUUUGAGACAGUGUUUUCUCUGUGUAGCCGUGGAGGUCCUGGAAUUCACUCCAGGCUCAACACCAGGCUGGCCUCAAACUCACAGAGAUCCGCUUGCCUCUGCCUCCCAAGUACUGGGAUUAAGGGUAUGUGCCACCACUGCCUAGCUUUAAAAAAAAAAAAAAAAAAAAAUU